UAGAUUAGCUGCUAAGUGCUUUAGCUGGCAGUUGGUCUUUGCCUGAUUUCUUUUAAUGUCAAUAAAACAUUGAUUAGUUUCAUUUUAAUGACAUUAUUGUUUUUUUUGUUUUUGUUCUUACACAUGGGGUGCCAUCAGUAGGAUCUGGACUGGUGAUGUGAAAUAAUCCAUUUCAUUUGUAAAUAUCAUUCAGCUUUUUGAACUCGAUCGGAUAUGUCAACAAAAGCAAAUCUAGCCAUGAAUUUGACUCUAUUGUUCAUUCUUUUUGUAUCUUCAUUUAAUGAUUAUUUAGUCUCUUCAUUUACGUCUUCUUCGGUUCCAGCUAGCCAACGCAUAGAAUGGAGGAAACGAACAGACGUUGAUGGUGAGCUAAAUUCAUCGCCCACCAUCUGGCUGCACAAAUGUCGAACGAUGGAAACUCUGGUCGAGAUGAGCAAAGAUGAACUCGGUACGAAUGGUGAAUUGAUACGUCGAUGUCAUGGUCAAGCGCUGGUUAGCAAAUGUGAAGGGGCAUGCAUUUCUAAUCUACGGCCAUCGAUCCAAACGCCAACAGGGCUGCUUAAGGUAUUGUCAUUGAAGGAAUGCAAUUGCUGCCGUGAAACAUCGAUGCAUAGCAAACGUAUAGUAUUGGAUAAUUGUUUCGAUCUAGAUGACAAUGCAUUGGAAGAUGAAAAGAUGAUCAUUACCGUUAAUGAACCCCGCAAUUGUGCUUGUUUCAAAUGUGCCAAUCGAAAAUGAAACAUGCAGAAACCAGAUUUGUUUCCACACCAUUCAUCUACAAUUAAAAUGAAUUAUUAUUAAUCUGUUCAUUUUGCAAUUCAAAUGAU